CAUUUGACACAGUUUUCCCACUUGGAGUGGUUGCUGAUGUUGUUGUUCUUUGAACUUUUCUAAGCUUCUAUUAUUUAAUUAUUCAUUAGCUUAAUUGUCUUUUUUCACAUAUAUAAGUCCACGAUGGUAAUGAAGUAGUGGAUGUGGUGUUUUUGGAUGAUGAAAUUUCAGGUCUUGUAGAGAGUGUUUGGAACUGUGGAAUUUUCAUUUCUCAUCAUGGCAUCUAAGUCACCUCGAUUCAAACACGGUUCAUCAAUGGUUAGAAAAAUCACCCAACUGAGCAAUGAUCUUGAUCAUGAUCAAGAUCAAGAGAGUGAGAAUGGUGGUGGUGGUGUUGCUACCUACACAGUUCACAUUCCACUAACCCCUGAUAACCAACCAAUGGAGAUUGCUCUGGAGAGAUCGACUUCGAGGCGAGUGGAGGACCAAUAUGCAUCUAGUUCAUUGUUCACUGGGGGUUUCAAUCAGGUUACAAGGGCUCAUUUGAAGGAGAAGAUGAUUGAGUCUGAGUCAAGCCACCCCCAGAUGUCGGGGGUGAAGGGAUCGUCCUGCGCGGUCCCUGGCUGUGAUGGGAAGGUUAUGACCGAUGAGAGGGGGUUAGACAUACUCCCUUGUGAGUGUGAUUACAAGAUUUGCAGGGAUUGUUAUAGGGAUGCUUUGAGAACUGGUGAGGGGAUUUGCCCUGGCUGCAAGGAACCUUACAAGGAGUUGGAUGCAAAUGAUGGAUAUAGGGCCGGCCAGCAGCCUGCACUGCCCUUGCCACCCGGUGCUGGAGUGUCGAAGAUGGAGAGGAGGUUGUCGUUGAUGAAAUCGGGGACUUUGACAAGGAGCCAGGCUAAUAAUGACUUUGAUCAUGCUCAGUGGUUGUUUGAAACUAAGGGGAGCUAUGGCUAUGGGAAUGCUAUGUGGCCGAAAGAGCCCGAAAACGAUGCUAGUUCUGUUUCUGAAUGGAUGGGUGGUGAUCCUCAUGUGUUCAAGGAAAAGCCAUGGAGACCUUUGACCCGGAAAUUGACUAUCUCUGCUGCAAUUCUGAGUCCAUAUAGGCUAAUAAUAUUUGCUCGGCUAGUGAUUCUUGGUUUCUUCUUAGCGUGGAGGGUUCGAAACCCCAAUGAAGAUGCACUCUGGCUGUGGGGUAUGUCUGUUGUUUGUGAAAUCUGGUUUGCCUUCUCCUGGCUGCUUGAUCAGCUUCCUAAGCUCUUCCCUGUCAACCGGUUCGCGGAUCUUGAUGUUCUGAAAGAGAAGUUUGAAACUCCCACUCCCAACAAUCCUUCUGGCAAGUCUGAUCUCCCAGGAAUAGAUAUUUUUGUGUCGACUGCGGAUCCUGAAAAAGAACCUCCACUUGUCACAGCAAAUACUAUUCUUUCCAUUCUAGCUGCCGAUUAUCCGGUAGAGAAACUUGCAUGUUAUGUCUCUGACGAUGGAGGUGCACUUCUAACUUUUGAGGCCAUGGCAGAGGCUGCAAGUUUUGCCAACUUGUGGGUUCCUUUUUGCCGAAAGCAUGACAUUGAACCGAGGAACCCCGACUCAUACUUUAGUAUGAAGAGAGAUCCCUACAAGAACAAAGUUCUCCCUGACUUUGUAAGGGAUAGAAGGAGGGUAAAGCGUGAAUAUGAUGAGUUCAAGGUUCGGAUCAAUGGCCUUCCUGAUUCAAUCCGCCGGCGUUCUGAUGCUUACAAUGCCAGAGAAGAGAUAAAAGCUAUGAAGCUUUGGAGGGAGAAUGGACAUGAUGAACCAAUGGAGAAUGUGAAAAUUCCUAAAGCUACUUGGAUGGCAGAUGGUACCCACUGGCCUGGCACUUGGACAAUUCCAGCAUCGGAACAUUCUAGGGGCGAUCAUGCUAGUAUCAUACAGGUCAUGUUAAAACCUCCAAGUGAUGAACCACUAACUGGUGUUGCAUCAGAUGCAAAUGCUAUGAAUUUAACCGAAGUUGAUAUUCGCCUUCCCAUGCUUGUCUAUGUUUCUCGAGAAAAAAGACCAGGCUAUGAUCACAACAAGAAGGCUGGGGCGAUGAAUGCGCUGGUCCGAGCCUCAGCCAUUAUGUCAAAUGGUCCUUUCAUACUUAAUCUGGACUGUGACCAUUACAUAUUUAAUUCCCAGGCAUUGAGAGAAGGUAUGUGCUUCAUGAUGGACCGUGGUGGCGACAGAAUCUGCUAUGUUCAAUUCCCUCAGAGGUUCGAAGGAAUAGACCCUUCGGAUCGCUAUGCCAAUCAUAACACAGUCUUCUUUGAUGUCAAUAUGCGCGCCCUUGAUGGGAUUCAAGGUCCUGUAUAUGUAGGCACAGGUUGCUUAUUCAGAAGGACUGCACUCUAUGGCUUUGAUCCACCUCGGGUGAAAGAAGAGUCUAGUUGCUUCGGCCGCAAGAAUAAGAAAUCCUCGACCGUUGCCUCACUCCCGGAAACUGGUUCUGUUGAGGAUCAGUCAUUUGCAAAUGGUGGCGCCGACGAUGAAGGCCUUGCUCUUAUUCCCAAGAGUUUUGGCAACUCAAGUCUCCUUAUUGAUUCAAUCAGGGUGGCCGAGUUCCAAGGUCGACCCCUCGCUGAUCAUUCGUCCAUCAAAAAUGGAAGACCACCGGGUGCUCUAACCCUUCCUCGGGAUCUUCUGGAUGCUGCUACUGUGGCAGAGGCUAUCAAUGUUAUCUCCUGCUGGUAUGAAGACAAGACUGAAUGGGGCCUUCGAAUCGGGUGGAUUUAUGGGUCUGUUACUGAGGAUGUUGUGACAGGUUAUAGAAUGCACAAUAGGGGAUGGAGGUCCAUAUAUUGUGUGACUAAGAGGGAUGCCUUCCGUGGCACUGCUCCGAUCAACCUGACCGACCGGCUCCACCAGGUUCUUCGUUGGGCUACCGGCUCUGUCGAAAUAUUCUUUUCUCGAAACAAUGCUCUUUUGGCCAGCCUCAAAUUGAAGUUCCUACAGAGAAUAGCUUACCUCAAUGUCGGAAUCUAUCCUCCAAGAACAUUCCUAGUGUACCUCUUGGGCAUCACCGUGACCCUUGUCUUACUCGCCAUCCUCGAGGUUAAGUGGUCCGGUAUUGAACUCGAAGAGUGGUGGAGGAAUGAGCAAUUCUGGCUGAUAGGAGGCACUAGUGCCCACCUUGCUGCAGUUCUCCAAGGCCUACUAAAGGUGAUGGCUGGCAUUGAAAUUUCAUUCACUUUGACAUCAAAGUCAGCCGGGGACGAUGAAAACGACGAAUUUGCUGACCUCUAUAUCAUCAAAUGGACAUCUCUGAUGAUACCACCAAUCACCAUCAUGAUGGUAAACUUGAUAGCAAUAGCUGUGGCAGUUAGCAGAACUAUAUACAGCGAAGAUCGAAAAUGGAGCAGCUUGCUGGGUGGUGUGUUCUUCAGCUUAUGGGUGCUGGCUCAUCUCUAUCCCUUUGCAAAAGGGCUCAUGGGAAGAAGGGGUAGAACACCAACCAUUGUGUUUGUAUGGUCAGGGCUUAUAUCAAUCACCAUUUCUCUUCUUUGGGUUGCCAUUGAUCCUCCUUCAGGUAGCUCUGAUAUUGGAGGAUCUUUUCAAUUCCCUUGAUUCAUUCUUUUCUAUUAUUUCUAGUGCUGACUUUUUUUCAGCUAGCACUUGUAAGUAAUCCAGAUUUCAGACAUGGUUUCUGACUUUUUGGUUCAUUAAUAUACCUGUGAUUCAUUGCUGUUCAAAUAAUAA